AUGAAGCCCGUUAUCGUAGAAAGGGGCACGAGCGCAGCGGAGCUUUUUGGUGAUGGUCGCAAACUCAAAUUUCAGAAUCAUGUUUAUCCACCAGGGCCACCCAUCUUGACCGGGGGUGUUGACGCCUGUUGGCGCCAGCUGGCAGGAAAACACCACUUCAAAACAUCGCACAAGCUGUUCAAGGUGCUAAUGAGUCUUGCUUGUGAUCAGGCCUAUCGCCUCGUGACCCAAGUCCUCUUCGUCGGCACCCGCAUCGUCGGCCGCUCCUUCGCCGCGGCCUACAAGCAGGCGCAGGCCUCGUCCGAGUACGCGCGCGCGCAGGCCAAGAACGGCAACGGCGGCGGCGUGGCGGCUAAGGCGAGCGGCGCGGGCGGCAUGACGCUCGACGAGGCGUGCAAGAUCCUCAACGUGGACGCGCCCAAGGAGGGCGCGAGCAAUGCGGGCGAGGUCAUGGAGCGCUUCAAGCGGCUGUUCGACGCCAACGACCCGAAGAAGGGCGGCAGCUUCUACCUGCAGAGCAAGAUCCUGCGCGCGCGGGAGAGGUUGGAGAGCGAGAUCGGACCGCUGGUGGAGAAGGAAGAGGCAGAGGCCGAGGUGAAGGAGGGGUUUAAGCCCAAAAUUUACAAGGACCGGUGA